UAAGUGUAUAAUAUUUGUUUAUUUUGAUGCUUCAAAAUGGAAGAGAGAUUCUUUAUAUGGGAUGAAAUUUCUGAUGGAAUAGUUUUAGUGAGCACACAAAAAACUGAAGAUGAACAUGUGAAGAAGAUCAAAACAACAACGGACCCUGUUCAGGAAUCAGCCGUUUAUGCUCCACAUGCAUAUUUAAUAUUAAAUUUCAAUGAAGCUCUGAGCCAACGUGAAAAGCUAAGAUUCAGAAAAUAUUAUUUAAGAAAAGUGGCACCGUACGAGCCAGAUGUGAUUAUCCUACAGGACAUAAAAGAUCUUGUAUUAUAUUUAUUGGUCAGCCCUAUAAGUCCUCAGUUCGUCAAUUUCUUCCAUUUGCCAGUCGUAGAUCGUUUCUUAAGAGCUAUAAUACUUUAUUUUCAAUUUUACGUGAUGACAUGGGAGGAGCUGAUGGAUGAACGUGCGGCGACUAUGAAAAAGGCUCCGAAUCCUCUGGCUCAAGGCUACAGAUUCAGAUACGCCGAGGAGAUGUUGAGUCUCCGUUGUAUCUUAGGCAGAGAAUAUGCGGAUUUAAUAAUAGGUUGCCAGGACAAGAUUCAGUAUCAUCAUAUGACUGGCGGAAAGAAAGAAGGAUCUAUAACUCAGUCACAAGGAGAAAAAGAUUUACGAAUGUUCGAAGUAUUAAUUUGUUUAGCACACCGCAUCGUCUGGAUAGCAUUGCAACGCAAACAUUUCAGCCUGAUCGAAAUAGAAUUACACAGAUUGUUUAGAACCGAGGCAUACAACAUGGCCGAGAGACGAAGCAUCGCACACGUCGUUCAAGAUAUGUUGGACGAUGAUAUUCGCGUAUUGCAAGGUCAGAAGAUGCAAGAGAAAAGGAGAUUAUUAAGAAAUUCUCCUUUGAUACAGGAUCUCAUAUAUUCAAAUUGCGAUCAUCGACUCCUAGCUUUAGGGAUAGACGCUACGCCUGAUGACGAUGAACGCAUUCAUUACUUACAAUACGCUCUCGUCGCGGAAGAAGAUAAGUUAGAAGAGUUCGGUGUAAAAGUAGGAAUUUUAGGUGAAAAUCGAGCCAAUUACGAUUUAAUGUUGAUGCCUAUUGAGGAGAAAGAGGAACAAGAUCCGGUUAAAUUAUCGAUUCAAUUUUCGGACAGAAAAAUAUUCGAUAAGAAAAGUAUGGUGACGGAAGAUACGAAAUUAUUGAAGAAAACUACAAGAUUUCCACCGGCGGAAACGAAGCCUGACUUCACUAGAGAUUUCUCAAUGAAGACGAUCGAUUUGGCGCCGAGAGGCUAUGGAGCUGCUCGCGAGGAAGCAAGGAAGAGAUGGUUCAUUAGGGAAGUUAAGCGUCGAGGACGUAAACAAGCAGAUACAUACUCGAUAUCGACGAUAUUAGAAUAAUUCCCUUGUGAAUAGUUCAGAAGCUAAGCAUCAUUUAAGGUUUGUUUAAAUCUAUUCUUACAAAAAAAGAUGAUCGAAAAGAGAAGAACCUCCUCUUGUGACACAAGCAAAUGUUUCUUUUUGAACUAUAUAAACUUUUUCGAUGUAUAUUAAUACCAACUGAUAUUUGUUAUCAUGUAAUUUAGUAAAAGUUUACUGCACUUUUAUUGUGCCAAAAAAAAGACGAGGAAAAUUGUAUAAAUGAAAUAAAUAUAAUUUAUAAAAACAUUCAGAUUUGUUACAUGUCGAAC